GGAGCGAACCGGGCAAGGCGGGACCCCGCUGCUCUCCCUUUCCCGCAGCCACCUCGGAAACUUUUGAACGCCAACGCAAAGCCGACCGGCACCAUGAAUUAUUAACCUCCAACUUACACCAGCCAAAAGCCGAACACGCCGCCCCAGCCCCAGCCGGGGCUCCGCGCCUACACCUCCCGUCAGCCCGCGGCGCAGGGCCCCGCUCCGGCCUGCCCAGGCCCCUGCCCCCUGAGGGAGCCGCCGCCGCGGAAAACGCCAUUUGGUAACUUUCGCCCGCUGGGCUGUAUCAACCCCGGAAAGUGGGAGGGAGCUGUAGGACUCCCUUCUCGUUCUUCGGUGGGACGCUGCCCUCUUCCUCGGGAGGCGUCGCGGCAGGCAGCCCGGGCGGCUGGCGGGGCCUUCCUCGGGCGGCGGCGCCGCCAUUGCGCCUCCCUCUCUCCAAGAUGGCGGCGCCGUUGGCGGUAAAUUCGGCUGCCAGCUUGUGGGGUCCAUAUAAGGACAUAUGGCAGACUGUAAUGAAUGCCAUUUGGAAAAGGCAACCUGAAGCUAUUCAUCGCCUUGACCAGGUUUUAAAGAAGCACAAAUCUGACUUCAUUUCUCUCUUCAGAAAUCCGCCAAAGAAUGUACAGCAGCAUGAGAAAAUCCAGAAAGCAAGUACAGAAGGGGUUGCUAUCCAGGGUCAGCAGGGAACUAGGCUUUUGCCAGAGCAACUCAUCAGAGAAGCCUUUAUCCUCAGUGACCUCUUUGAUAUUGGAGAGUUGGCAGCUGUUGAGCUCCUUCUAGCUGGAGAACAUCAGCAACCUCAUUUUCCUGGUCUUACGAGAGGUCUAGUGGCUGUUCUGUUGUACUGGGAUGGAAAAAGAUGCAUUGCCAAUUCACUACGAACCCUCAUCCAGUCACGCCAAGGCAAGACGUGGACAUUGGAACUCAGUCAAGAGUUAAUAUCCAUGACAACGCGCUUUACAGAUGACCUAAUGGAGCAGGGUUUGACUCAGAAGAUCCUCACUCUUGUGUCUCACAUUGAUUUGAACAAUGAGUUUGAUAAACUCCAGAGAGAGCGAGGAUUGGGCAGUGAGAAACAUCGCAAAGAGGUUUCUGAUCUCAUUAAAGAAUGCCGACAGUCCUUGGCUGAAAGUCUGUUUGUCUGGACCUGCCAGUCACCGCUCAGUAAGGAUGACACGUUAAUCCUCAUAAGUUACCUGGAGAAAGUAACAGUGGAAGCUGAUGGCUCGUUGGACAGUGUGAACUUGUCUCUUCUCAUGGCUCUCCUUUACUGCUUUGAUGUCAGUUUUCUGGAACAAGGCACAGAGGAUCGUGAAGAUUUGAUGCACCGUCUCCCUCUGCUAGCAGAAAGGCAGUAUAUAGCAACAAUACACACUCGUCUUCAGGAGUCUCAGCCUUGGAAAUUACCAGGCCUGCAAGCAACUGUUAGAUUAGCCUGGGCCCUGGCACUACGAGGAAUAUCCCAAUUUUCUGAUGUGACAGCUCUUGCAGAAUUCACUGAGGCAGAUGAAGCAAUGGCGGAGCUAGCGGUUGCUGAUAAUGUCUUCCUGUUCCUGACUGAAUCUGUUGUGGGGUCUGAAAAUUUCUACCAGGAGGAAUUUUACAUUCGCAAAAUUCAUAACCUUGUCACAGACUUCCUGGCACUCAUGCCAAUGAAAGUGAAACAGCUGAGAAACCGUGCUGAUGAAGAUGCCCGUAUGAUCCACAUGACUCUUCAAACGGGUAGUGAUCCACCUGGUUCCCUUCGGAGAGAUCUGGAGCAUUUAAUGCUUUUAAUUGCUGAAUUGUAUAGAAAAGACCCCUUUAAUCUGGAACUUGCCCUUGAAUACUGGUGUCCGUCAGAACCUUUGCAGACAUCUACCAUCAUGGGGUCCUACCUCGGAGUAGCUCAUCAGCGACCCCCUCAGCGACAGGUUGUCUUGUCAAAGUUUGUUAGGCAAAUGGGAGAUCUGCUUCCUUCUACAAUUUACAUCCCAUACUUGAAAAUGCUGCGGGGACUGGCUAGUGGGCCUCAGUGUGCUCAUUACUGCUUUAGUUUGCUAAAACUCAAUGGCAGUAGUCACGCGGAAAACAUCCAAGGAGCAGGUGGCAGCCCUGUCUCCUGGGAGCAUUUCUUCCACUCUUUGAUGCUUUAUCAUGAGCACUUAAGAAAGGACUUGCCAAGUGCAGACAGUGUCCAGUAUCGUCACUUGCCUCUCCGAGGAAUCACACAGAAAGAGCAGGAUGGAUUAAUUGCCUUUUUACAGCUUACCACUGUUAUAGUAAAUUGGAGUGAGAAUGCUCGCUUGGCUCUUUGUGAGCACCCUCAGUGGACACCAGUAGUGGUCAUUCUGGGACUUCUGCAGUGCAGCAUUCCUCCUAUUUUGAAAGCGGAGCUAUUAGAAACCCUUACUGCUUUUGGAAGAUCUCCUGAAAUAGCUGCUUCACUCUGGCAAUCCCUGGAAUAUACACAGAUACUACAAACUGUGAGAGGUCCAGGCCAGAGACAAGCAAUUGGUAUUGAGGUUGAAUUGAAUGAGAUUGAGUCCCGAUGUGAGGAAUACCCUUUAACCCGUGCCUUCUGCCGACUCAUCAGCACACUCGUGGAGAGUUCAUUCCCCUCUAACUUGGGAGCAGGUCUGCGCCCACCAGGUUUUGAUCCCUAUCUCCAGUUCCUCAGGGAUUCUGUGUUUCUCCGAUUCCGCACGAGAGCUUACCGGAGAGCUGCUGAAAAAUGGGAAGUAGCUGAAGUAGUUCUGGAAGUGUUUUACAAAUUGCUACGGGACUAUGAACCUCAACUUGAAGACUUUGUGGACCAAUAUGUGGAGUUACAAGGAGAAGAAAUAAUAGCAUAUAAACCACCAGGAUUCAAUUUGAUGUAUCAUCUGUUGAAUGAGUCCCCCAUGCUGGAACUGUCCCUCAGUUUGCUAGAAGAAGGGGUUAAGCAGCUUGACACUUAUGCUCCGUUUCCUGGGAAGAAGCAUUUAGAGAAAGCUGUACAGCAUUGCCUUGCACUUCUAAACUUAACCUUACAGAAAGAGAAUCUUUUUAUGGAUCUGUUGCGGGAGAGCCACCUUUCCUUUAUUGUCACGCCACUGGAGCAGCUGCUGCAAGGAAUCAAUCCUCGCACUAAAAAGGCAGAUCAUGUGGUGAAUAUUGCUAGGUACCUUUAUCAUGGAAAUGGCAAUCCUGAACUGGCUUUUGAAAGUGCCAAGAUUUUGUGCUGUAUUUCUUGUAAUUCGAACAUCCAGGCAAAGCUAGUUGGUGACUUCACACAUGACCAGAAUAUUAGCCAGAAGUUGAUGGCUGGGUUUGUGGAAUGUUUGGACAAUGAAGAUGCAGAAGAAUUAAUUAAUCCAGAUGAAGAGCUGGAACCUGAAAAGAAGAGGGCACGGAUCCAUCAUGAAACAAGGAUCCAUAUUCUGAACCUCCUUAUCACCUCUCUUGAGUGUAGUCCUCCCAGCCUUGCUCUAUAUCUCUUGGGAUACGAACUAAAGAAACCUGUCAGCACCACAAAUCUGCAGGAUCCAGGUGUCUUGGGUUGCCCACGGACUUGCCUUCAUGCUAUUUUGAACAUACUGGAGAAGGGUACCGAAACAAGGAAUGGGCCUACAGCAGUUCAGGAAUCUCCUCAUCUUGCAGAACUCUGUUACCAGGUGAUCUAUCAGUUGUGUGCGUGCUCUGACACAUCAGGUCCAACUAUGAGAUAUCUGAGGACCAGUCAGGAUUUCUUAUUCACUCAGCUGCAGUAUUUGCCAUUUUCUAUCAAAGAACAUGAGAUUUCAACACUGAACCAAAUGUCUUGGCUGAUGAAGACUGCAGCUAUAGAAAUGCGAGUGACAUCGCUGAACCGCCAGCGCUCGCACACACAGAGACUGCUGCAUCUGCUACUUGACGACAUGCCUGUGAAACCAUACUUGGCUGAUGGUGAAGGAGGAAUGGAAGAUGAAAGUCGAUCAGUCAGUGGCUUUCUCCACUUUGAUACUUCUUCCAAAGUACGCAGGAAGAUCUUAAGUAUCCUGGAUUCAAUUGACUUCAGUCAGGACAUUCCAGAGCCCUUACAGCUGGAUUUUUUUGACCGGGCUCAGAUUGAGCAAGUCAUUGCUAAUUGCGAACAUAAGAAUGCACGUGGACAAGUGGUCUGCAAUGUCAAGUACCUUCACAGAGUUCUGGUUGCAGAAGUCAAUGCCCUUCAAGGAAUGGCAGCAAUAGGCCAGAGGCCUUUACUUAUGGAGGAGAUCAACACUAUCCUGCAGUAUGUAGUGGAGCGGAACAAGCUGCUGCAGUGCCUCCAUGCUAAGAGGCACGUUUUAGAGUCAUGGAGACAACUGGUGGAAAUUAUACUCACUGCCUGCCCCCAGGAUCUCAUACAGGCUGAGGACAGACAACUGAUUAUCCGUGAUCUAUUGCAGGAUGUGCAUGACAAGAUCCUAGAUGAUGAUGCAGCUCAGGAGUUGAUGCCAGUGGUGGCAGGGGCUGUGUUCACCUUGACUGCCCACCUGAGCCAGUCCGUGAAAACUGAGCAGAAACAGCCACUUGCACUCCCUAUGGCGGGACAAUCCCAAUAUGUCCUGAUGCUGGAUGGUACUUUUACCUCAUCACCUGGCUCUGAGGGCAUAUCCAUGGGUUUUGCUUCCAUUGGUGACUCCUCCCUCCACAUCAUCUUAAAAAAGCUGCUGGAUUUCAUUUUGAAAACAGGUGGUGGCUUCCAGAGAGUGAGAACGCACCUUUAUGGAUCACUGCUUUAUUAUUUGCAGAUUGCCCAGAGACCAGAUGAGCCAGACACUUUAGAAGCAGCCAAAAAAACAAUGUGGGAACGUCUGACGGCUCCUGAAGAUGUGUUUAGUAAAUUGCAACGGGAAAACAUGGCAAUUAUUGAGAGUUACGGGGCGGCUCUCAUGGAGGUGGUCUGUCGUGAUGCUUGUGAUGGUCAUGAGAUAGGCCGGAUGCUGGCAUUGGCUUUGCUUGAUCGCAUUGUUUCAGUAGACAAGCAGCAGCAGUGGCUGUUGUAUCUCUCCAAUAGUGGCUACCUGAAGGUGCUUGUGGAUAGCCUAGCAGACGAUGAUCUGACUCUUCAGAGCUUGCUCACACCUCAGCCCCCUUUACUUAAAGCGCUGUACACCUAUGAGUCCAAAAUGGCGUUCCUCACUAGAGUAGCUAAAAGUCAGCAAGGGGCAUUGGAGCUGUUGCGGUCUGGAGUGAUUGUGAGGCUGGCACAGUGUCAAGUGUACGAUAUGCGACCCGAAACAGCCCAUCAGGGAAUGUAUGGAAUGAGAGAUCCCCCAGUCUUCAUUCCUGCUCCAGUGGAACGUUAUCGUCAGAUUCUUCUUCCAGCUCUUCAACUGUGCCAAGUGAUCCUCACAUCCAGCAUGGCACAACACCUGCAAGCAGCAGGACAGGUUUUGCAGUUUCUGAUUUCCCAUUCAGAUACUAUCCAGGCAAUCCUGAGGUGUCAAGACGUUAGUGUUGGAUCUCUCCAGGAGCUGGCCUCCCUGACAGGAAUAAUCAGCAAGGCAGCUUUGCCUGGAGUGCUAAGUGAGCUGGACUUGGACGUUAAUGAAGGGACGCAGAUGGAGCUACAAGGACAUAUAGGCCGAUUUCAGCGCCAGUGCUUAGGACUUCUAAGUCGGUUUGGUGGCUCAGACAGACUACGUCAGUUUAAACUGCAAGAUGAUAACGCAGAGGGAGACAGAGUGAACAAGAGGGAUGAAAUUGAGUUGGCCAUGCAACAGAUCUGUGCAAACGUGAUGGAAUACUGUGAGUCACUUAUGUUGCAAAGCGCCCCCAGUUUUCAGCACGCUGUUUGUCUGUUUACUCCUAGCCUGUCAGAAUCAACCAACCGAGAUGGGACUCGUCAGGAUACACAAGCACCGGUGGUCCCAUACUGGCACUUGCCUGGCUUGGGCAUUAUCGUCUACCUGCUGAAACAGAGCACUAGUGAUUUCUUCAGUUACUAUGAUAGCCAUCGUCAGAGCGUUAACAAACUGCAAAAUGUGGAGCAACUCCCACCAGAUGAAAUAAAAGAGCUGUGUCAGUCCGUUAUGCCAGCUGGGGUUGACAAAAUCUCCACUUCCCAAAAAUACCUUUUGGCAAGGCGACGCCUGGUGAAGCUAAUAAACAACCGAGCCAAGCUGCUUUCCCUCUGUUCUUAUAUUAUAGAAACGUGUCUCUUCAUUCUUUGGCGUCAUCUGGAACACUAUCUACUGCAUUGCACACCUGCUGACUCCCAAGACCCGCUGCUGUCCUCCAGGUCUUCAUUUAAGAAAGGAAGGCUGCAAGAUUCCUUUGGUUCCGACCCCAACUUGGAUUUCAGUAUUGGACUGAAUCGAGUGAGCCAGCAUGAUAUAGAACAGCUUCAGACUGAAGCCACGAACAGUUUUGGUGAAUCUCUGCAGAAGAAGCUUCUGGACAUUGAAGGGUUAUAUUCUAAGGUUCGGUCACGAUACACCUUUAUUCAAGCUCUUGUCAGACGCAUCCGUGGUCUCCUAAGGAUAUCAAGGACCUAAAAGACUCUGAUACGCGUUGCUUGCCCCUUGAAGCGAUGUACUACAGGGCAGGUCUUCUGGAUCAUUGGAUUUUAUACAUCAUACAUUUUCUAAAUAACGUCAAAAAUAUUUUGUUACUUUUUUGUUUUCUUAUCCCUGUGGAUCAGUUUUGUGUAUUCUUUCCUACUGCUCCCAACUUGACACAAAAAAUAAAGGAUUGUUUUUAACUGA